GAUCCUGAGGGACCAGCCGCUAGGACCAGGAGUCGCCGUGCCCGCAGUCCGGCAGACGACUCAGGUCCUGACUCCACUGUGAUUUUACCCCUCCGAGCCAUAGGACCCCCAGCCGAGCCCAACGGCCUAGUUCCUCUACAAUAUUGGCCUUUUUCCUCAGCAGAUCUUUAUAAUUGGAAAUCUAACCAUCCUUCUUUUUCUGAAAAACCAGCAGGACUCACGGGACUUCUUGAGUCCCUUAUGUUCUCUCACCAGCCCACUUGGGACGAUUGCCAACAGCUACUCCAGAUCCUCUUCACCACUGAAGAGCGAGAAAGGAUUCUUCUGGAGGCCCGCAAGAACGUUCUCGGGGACAACGGGGCCCCUACACAACUCGAGAACCUCAUUAAUGAGGCCUUCCCCCUCAAUCGACCUCAAUGGGAUUACAACACGGCCGAAGGUAGGGAGCGUCUUCUGGUCUACCGCCGGACUCUAGUGGCAGGUCUCAAAGGGGCAGCCCGGCGCCCCACCAAUUUGGCUAAGGUAAGAGAGGUCUUGCAGGGACCGGUAGAACCCCCCUCGGUUUUCUUGGAACGCCUGAUGGAGGCAUAUAGGAGAUACACUCCGUUUGACCCCUCUUCUGAGGGACAGCAGGCGGCAGUUGCCAUGGCCUUUAUUGGCCAGUCAGCCCCAGAUAUCAAGAAAAAGUUACAAAGACUAGAGGGGCUCCAAGACUUUUCCUUACAAGACUUAGUAAAGGAGGCAGAAAAGGUGUACCACAAGAGAGAAACAGAAGAAGAAAGACAGGAAAGAGAAAAAAAAGAGACAGAAGAGAGAGAGAGACGGCGUGAUAAACGCCAAGAAAAAAAUUUAACUAGGAUUUUGGCCACAGUAGUAAGUGAUAAAGGGUUUACAGAUAAGCAGAAAGGGACCCUGAGCAACCGGGCAAGACCGACACCUAGGGACAAAAGGCCUCCUCUCGACAGGGACCAGUGCGCCUACUGCAAAGAGAAAGGCCACUGGGCAAGGGAAUGCCCCCGAAAAAAGAAAAACGACAAAAAAGCUAGGGUUCUAUCCCUAGACGACUAGGGGAGUCAAGGUUCGGACCCCCUCCCCGAACCUAGGGUAACAUUGACAGUGGAGGGGACCCCCAUCGAGUUUCUGGUCGAUACCGGGGCUGAACAUUCGGUACUGACCCAACCCAUGGGGAAGGUAGGGUCCAGGCGGACAGUCGUAGUAGGAGCGACCGGCAGCAAAGUCUACCCCUGGACCACACAGAGACUUUUAAGGGUCGGACAUAAGCAAGUGACCCAUUCCUUUUUGGUCAUACCUGAGUGCCCUACUCCUCUGUUGGGCCGGGACAUCCUGACCAAACUAAAAGCUCAAAUCCAGUUUUCUACAGAGG